UCAACACAUCUCACUUGACAACAUGACGUUCAAGGCACUUGUACUGGCCGCCCUUGUGGUCGCCGCCUUCGCCCUUCCUGAUAGUCACCCUACAUAUGGAUACCCUGCCCCUACUCCUGCUUAUGCACCCGCUAAGUACGACUUCAACUACGCCGUAAACGACCCACCAUCUGGUAACGACUUUGGACAUCAGGAAACCCGUGAUGGCGACAACACACAGGGAUCCUACUACGUCCUUCUUCCCGACGGUCGUCUGCAGAGGGUUACCUAUACCGUUAACGGAGACUCCGGUUACGUAGCUGAUGUCACCUACGAGGGAGAGGCCCAGUAUCCCACUCCACAGACCUCCUAUGGGCCUCCUCAGCCUUCCUAUAAGCCACCCACUCCUUCUUACGCUUAAGGCGGAGAGUCAAAGAUAUUUAUUGAUCUGGGAUCUUUAUGAAUAUAAAAUACACGGUACAGUUCGCCCAAAGUAGCAUCAUUUCAUUAAUUUGAUUUUAAUUAAUAAAUAUUUUUACCGCUGUUAAAGGUCGUGUUUUACCACAUAUGUACAGAUGUAUAAAAUGUACCCACGCAUAAGACGCACCUUUUUUACAAGUACAUUUAUUGGAAGAAGUCAAUUUAUAAUGAUUCAUCAUAUAUUUAUUCAGAGACAUUUAAAAGUUGGUUUAUAUGGGGAUGAAAGCUCGGUUUCCUACCUGUAAUGCGACCGCAUUACAGGUAGGUAAUUUUUUUACAUAUAUAUAUAUAUAUAUAUAUAUAUAUAUAUAUCUAAUACACUUGCAAAUUUAGUAAUUUUCCAGUAGUCGCCAUCCUCUUGUGUAAUAUCUGCGGAGUUCUUAGAUAUCAUUAAGCAUUCUUCAAAUAAUCCAUUAUUUAGCCCUUAAAUUUAAAUAUAUAUAUAUUUAUUUUU